GAUGUAUACAAAUUGAAGAUUUUCUUGACACGACGUGGAGGAAGUGAAGAUGGUGCCUUUAUUAUCAAAUGAAGCAGUUUCCAAUCGCAACCUUAAAUCACCAUCAGGAUUAACAGUCUAUGUGAUUUUGCUCCUGCUCUCAAAAGUUUUCAAAGCUAUUGGACUUUUCAUAGCAUAUGACUUGUUGAAGCUCAUUCCUAUUGUAGUAUUUCUCUUUUUGUUAAAAACAGGGUCCUCUAUUCCACUAGUCUUUUUGCAAAAACCAUUUUCUUCAGGUCCUCGUCUUUCAAAACAUCAGUGGUUCAGGAUCUGGAGGCAUGCAUUUUUUGGAACUGUCAUUAGCUUUUUGUGGAUCUUUGGUCUAACACUGUGUGGACCAUUAAGGACCAUAUUACUAUUUGAACAUAAUGAACUUGUCAUUAUAACUGGAGCUAGUGCUCUCAUUUCAUCUAAUGGCAAUGGAGGACCGUCUAAGGCUAGAGGUGCUGUAAUAUUUCUUGUUGGCAUUGUGGCCCUUCUUGUGUUUGAUCAUGAUGAAAAACUCACACAGAUGGCUGACAGUGAUAACAAUGCCGAAAGCAUUCAUCAUAAUAUUUUUACACAUAUUUUCAAACAUGGCAUUGACUUUUUAGGUUGGUCUGAUCACAAGGGUGGUGUGCUAUUGUUGUUCUUGACUUUAUGUCUGCACUCAGGAUACACUUCAGCAUCCAAAAAACUCUCUGUGGAAGUAGGAGGAGCUAAGCGACUUCAUAGUUUAUCUACAUUAGUUUCAGCUGGAAUACUUUGGCCUUGGGCUUGUUUCAUUCAAUUUACUACUGAAAGUGAGAUACAGUCCUGGCAAUACCUCAUUGUGCCUAUGUUGAUGGUGAUUUUAUUUGUGGGUAUCUUUGACUUCUACAUUGAAAGUCUUGCCAGCAGCCAUUUACAGCCAGUGAAAUCUGUAUUUUUAGCACCAGUAGCUAUAUUUACAACUGCCAUAGUGUUGAGCUUAACUUGGACACACCCAUAUGUCACCAGAGUGACAUCUUUACACAAACUGGACAUUCUAACAGAAGAUCAUGUUUUGUCUGGAGGUGUUCUAUUUAGUGCUUUGGCUUUUCUGUUAGCAACUCGAAUGGUCAUGACCAGAGGACGUGCGGCUAAAGGAAGUUUUAUAGGUUAUAACCCUGCUGGGCUGCCUUUGUAUUCUAUAUCCAGUGAAGCCUUACAAAAAACCUCUCACUCAAUCAUCAAUCUUUUAAAGAAUGGUCUGAAACAGAUCUUAGAGGAUGGAGACUCAAGAAAGAUUUUUUAUUUUCUUUGUGUAAAUUUAGGUUUUACAUUUGUUGAACUGUUGUAUGGUGUUUGGACCAAUAGCCUUGGCCUGAUAUCUGAUGGCUUCCACAUGUUAUUUGACUGUUCAGCUCUUGUUAUGGGGCUUUAUGCUUCAAUUAUGGUGAGAUGGAAAGCCACCAGAGUUUUUUCAUACGGGUUUGACAGAGUGGAAGUGCUCUCAGGAUUUAUAAAUGGAUUGUUUCUAGUUAUUAUUGCCAUUUUUGUGUUUGCUGAAGCUUUUGCCCGUCUUUUUGAACCACCAGAAGUAAUUACUGAAAGAUUGUUGACUGUCUCUGUUUUGGGACUUCUGGUCAACCUUACAGGAAUAGUGGCAUUUCAGAGUUCUUUAUCUCAUGGUCACAGUCAUGGUGGAGGACAUGGUCAUAGUCAUGGGGCUGCUGUCAGUCAUAGUCAUACUCCUGCAAUAGGUCAUGGUCACAGUCAUGGUGGGGGUCAUGGCCAUAGUCACAGUGGAGGUCAUGGACAUAGUCAUGGUUCUCAAGAGUGUAGUGCACCUCCUUCUCAUCAUAACACCAACAUGGAAGGAGUGUUUCUCCAUGUUGUUGCGGAUACCCUGGGCAGUGUUGGUGUCAUUAUUUCAACUCUUCUUAUUGAGAACUUUGGCUGGAAUAUUGCAGAUCCAAUCUGCUCCUUAUUUAUUGCUACCAUGAUAUUUCUAAGUGUUAUACCUCUCUUGAAAGAAACUGCAAUCAUCCUCAUACUUAGAUCCCCUUCUGAGUUGGAUGAAGUGAUUUCUAAAGCUUUACACAAGAUUAAAGCCAUUGAAGGUGUUUUGUCCUAUCGGGAGCCUCAUUUUUGGUCUCAUACUGCCAACAAGGUUAUUGGAAUGAUUCACAUUCAAGUGUCCCAGCAAGCUCAAGAGCAGCGGAUCAUAUCACAGGUUUCCUCAAUCUUUAAAGAUGCUGGAGUAAAUUCCCUGACAGUCCAAGUUGAAAAACAAUCUUAUUUCUUCCAUUUGUCUGGUCUUGGUGCAACUCCUGUUAAUAUAUCUCAGUUCUCUCAGUUGACCUACAACACUCCAGUAGACCCACACAGCAUUAAAGCCAUUUGAACAAGACAGUGAAUGGAAAUAGAAAUCAGCUUUCUGACUAUGGUGAAAAAUAACAAAUAAUUGAUUUUUGAAGAAAAAAAACUUGAACAGUUGUUCAAUUGUUAGAAAAACAAAACAUUUAUCAAUGUAAGUAUAUUAUGUGUGUGAAAAAUAUAAAAAAGAAAUUAGCACUUUCUAAAACAGUCAAUAAAUAGUAAUCUAAUAAUAAUUUCAGGGUUGUAUUUGGUGCUUUUGAAUCUGAUGGAAUUGAAAAUUUAUGAAAAUCAAAAAAGUAAAAAUCCAUUUUUGUAUUCAGGAAUGUUUCGUAUUCUUAUUAAACUUUUGGAAGACCUAAAGAACUUAGGCUCCUAGAGAAGGAUCUUGAGUUUAAAUCCUCUUGUCCACCCAAAGAGAAUAUAUUUUGUUUAACUUUCUUAUAAUGUGUUAUUUUCAAUGGACUUGUGAAAGAAAAAACAACAUGAAAGUUCAGUUAUUUGAGUUUGAAAAAAUGUUUUCAUGCCUUCAUCUAUUUGCAAUAAAAUUCAUUAAGUUUCAUUUGAAAUUUUGGUUAAGCUGAAAGAAAGUGUAAAUGUACUGUAGUGCAAUUAGGACAUAUUAAUGUAUUUUAGUUUAAUUGUAAAUAAUAUGUGUUGAGAUAACAUUUAGUACAAAUGGGCUUUUGGAGUCUCAUACUUCAUACUUGGACUUGUAGUUGAGAAAUGCAAUAUCAUCAGCUUAGUCCACAUCUUUAAAAUAAUUCUACAAUAAACAUAUGGUGGAUGUUUCCAUAGAGGCAACCUUGUCAAUAGUAGGUACUGGUUUGUGAGCUGUCUUUUGUAAGUGUUUGAAUUAUCUUUUCAGGCUGCUGUAAUGUUAUAGUAGCCUCCAGAGGGUCAUAAGCUGAUAUUCUAAGAAAUUCAUAAAUAUUGAUGAGCACUGUUCUAGUGACAGUUUCAGUAUGAUGGCUAGGUUUGCAAUUAGAUUUUAGCAAUAUCUCUUAUUUCUGAAACAUAUCUGGUGAUCCCUCAAUUUAGAUGUUUCAUUCUAAGUGGAUCUGGUUUAAGACUUUACAUGCACUGGAAGUAGUGUGAUACUUGUAAUUAUCCCAGUUGAUGAGGCCAACUUUCUUGAGAAGUUUGAUCAUGUUGUCUUCAUACUCAUUUGUCUUUCAUAGAGUCUACUUUUAGAACCUUUGCUGGAAUUUGUCCACUGCCUUAUUUUCUUCUGGUUUCUCUCAAUCAAGUCCAUUUCUGGAGGAUUUAGUGCUUCAAAAUGUUCUAUUUUCUCCUUUUUUUUUCUCCAAAAUUCUGUUAGUCCUUAGCAGUUUUUCUCCUUCUUGGGCUUCCUUUGUAGUUCUGCUUUCUGCAUCUUUAAAUGUUGACUUUUUUUCUUGAUCAUAGAAAAAGUUAAUGUUAAGAAUUACUCUUUCUAUAUCAACUGUAUACUACAACCUCCUGAAUGAUGAUUUUGUAGGCAGUCUUUGUCUUUAUUUCUGAACUACGGUACUUUUAAAUUUGUUUUUAUAGGCCACCAUGCCUCCUGUUUUUAUAGCACUGGUCUGGUCUGAAAUCCUUUCCAGUGUAGAGCUGACAUUUUUUUCUCUAUGUACUUUGUUGGGUUUUUCCUCUGGCUUCAGCUUGACUACCAUCAUUCGCCUCUGUUCUCACUUUAGUUAUUGUCAAGUGCAUCUCAAGUUCUUGCUAUUGCAGAUUUGGUGGUUCUGAUCUUCAAUCUGAUUGUCUUCCAAGUGUUUGUAUGAAAGAAUAAACUGCCUCCAAUGGCUUGACUGUGUCAACUAACUUGGUCUACAAAUCUUUCUCCGUUUUGUGUUUAAUUUUUUUAUUGCAUGGAUGUCCAUAACUUCAUACCCCCUUUUAUCUUCAUUAAUUUUUUCAUUAUGGACUCCCAUUUUCCCUUUAGUUGGAUAUUUUCCAAAAGUUCCCUGAAAUCUUCUAUAAAGCUAAUUAUUGAUCUCCUCUUGGCUGUCUGUAAUGAGGAUAAACUUUCUUUAUUUUAAACAAUGUCGUUAUUAUUCUGAAUCUUUGUGCUUCCUUUCCUAUUAGCAUCUUCUGUACUAGGCUUGAGAGAAUAAAACCUACUCUAGUAUGUGAAGGGCAUCACAUCAACAUGUAUGCACCACAGUACAAAUGUUUUCUACAUCAUUAUCUGGUCAUCAAAUGGAUGUGGCCUUCUUUUAGCUUUCAAAUUCCACCUGCUUUGUCUUUGAGGAAGACUUUCUACUCAAAGUUUCAUGCUAUCUCUUGUUGUUAGCUUCUCUUUUAUCUUGACAUUGAACUUGUAGAUUAGAUCUGCCACAUGGACCCUUUGGUGGAGCUACAACUUUUAAAAACAGGAUAUUUUAUUUUUUCUUUGAUUUGUAAUGUCCACUGGACAUGUUUGGAAAAAAUGUUGACACAAUUUUCUAAUUGUGAAACCUCUCAAAUGUAAAUAUUAGUACCUGAAAUAUGGAACUUUCAAAAGGAAAAAGAAUUUCUGUAUUUGUAGUCACAAACUUAAAACUGCUAGAAAAAUUAUACUUGUGUUUCAAAUUGCUGUUUGUUAUAACAAAUUAUAAGUAUUUUUUUUUCAUUCAGUAUAAUUUACAUAUAUAAUUUACAGCCUGCUCAAUAGGCCUUUGCUUAUUUUAUUUUGAGAAUAGCUACAUGACUGUGUAUACUGGUUUUUAAUUCUUUCUAGAGAAUUGAGUUUCAAGUAUCAACGGAUAAGUAAGGAUAAAAUUAUUGUUUUCACCCAGUCAAAAUAGUAACUUCCUAAACCAACAUAUUUCUAAGAUUGAAGAACACUCAGGAAUCUGUAUGCGGGCACAGGAAUUAAGUAAAUUAAUGAAUAUCUUGGUAGAGGCGCCUCAAUGAAAUGUACAGGUGUACAGUGUGAUUAUUGAAAAUGUGUAUAUUAUUUAUUUACAGACUAUAUUGCUAGUUAUUAGCAAAAAUGUUAAUGUACAUAAAGUAUGCACACAAAAGUGUAAAUUUUUUGUUCAUUUUGGUGAAAGAAAUAAAAAGAAAUGUAUUUAAUAAA